AUGGUAUCCUCUCAGAAUACCGGAGAUCCUAGCAGGGAUACUUCGCCUUCUGCUACCACGGGAACAUCUACACCCCGUAGAAAGGAAAAGAAAAAAGUUGGGUUUCAUCAAAAUCAGGGUGAUAGGCCCACAAGCAUCGUCGUAAACGACGGGACCUCACAGCAGCAAAUUUUGACACUGCAACCAACUGCUGCCACAGAUGGCUCGCCGGAUCCCUUCAUAACCCCGCGACCAUCUCCGCCUGAACCGGCGGCGGCACAGCAAGAUGAAGGGUCUCCGAUCACACCGACGGGGGCACCGGAUGCCACAGAGCUUCGUCGUGCCUUGACCAAGAUCUUAACGACGCAAGACGAGGUUCAAGACGCCCGCAGAAAACAUGGUCGCUCGCCAAGCGCUGGGCCUUCCGAUACCAGGUCGCCUGAGCCUGCCGUCCUCAAGAACCCCCAGAGACCAAUGAGGCCAGUUCUGAGGCGUGACACCAGCUAUGAUGUGCACGAGGAGAGGGUCAAGGCCGACCUGGCCGAGAUGUACACAGGCGAGCGGGAGCAGAGGUCCAGAGACGCUGCAAGAGAAAGGGCGCACAAUCUCGCCGUCAGGGUCGAGAAUUACGCCUCACCACAUGCUUCGCACCGGCCAUCUAUGGAUUCCGAGGACGAUCUCGAGGCCGGUGGGCGGGGUGCUCGGUCCACGGCCUUUGACGCAAACAGCAGUUCCGACAACGCGCACCAUGAUGUUCGACCAAGGAAGCUCCAACGCAAGGCCUCUCAUCUUGCACCAGAGGUACUCGAGCCUGCCAAAAAUCUGGUUCGUGCCCACACGAAAAGGGCUCAGAAGCACAGCAGAACCUCCUCAUCCGAGACCCAACCAGAUGGAUACUUUGCUUUUCAGCCUCCCUCGGAAGCACGUUCCGGAGCCGUGACGCCCGAGCCGAUGCAGCAAUAUGUUCAGGACUAUGUCCCGAAGCCAAACCGCUACCACGGUGGCAUUUUGGGUUCGCUUCUGAAGCUUUACAACGAAGGCACAGGCAGCGGAGCCAACAGCAGAGGGUCGACGCCGGGUCACACGCCUCAGCACUCACCUCCAGGCUCAAACGCUCCGUCCACACCUGGCUCACCUAGGCCCUCGAGGCCGAGUAGUGGCAUAUGGGGUGGUCUACAUGUCGGCGGGAGCCCAGGCUCAGGCAAUGCCAGUGGGAACUUCAAGACGCAUCACAAGAGCCACUCUGCUUCGUCACUGGCCCUUGGCGAGCUCAUAAAAUCAAGCUCGACAUUGAUGGCGCCCGGGUCUAGUACAUCGGGUAAAGGCUUCGCCGAUCGGGUGCGACAGGUUGAACAGAGCGCGAAGCGGCGGUCCGGUCUAUUUGGCACAGACUCGCCCAUGUCAGCCAAGUUCAAAAAGCCAAAACAGUCCAAGGGAGAUCAGCACUUUCGCAUAACCAGGCAUAUUGCCAAGAUCCUAAGUAGGCACAGAUAUGUGCUCAAGCUUUGCCGCGCGCUUAUGAUGUACGGUGCUCCGACACAUCGCCUAGAGGAGUUUCUGACCAUGUCGGCACGCAUCCUCGAGAUCGAGGGCCAGUUCUUGUACUUGCCUGGGUGCAUGAUCAUAUCCUUUGAUGAUUCGGCUACGCAUACUACCGAAGUCAAGAUCGUCCGCCAGAAGCACGGGCUCAACCUCGGCAAACUGCGUGAUGUUCAUAUCAUCUACAAGGAGGUUGUCCACGACAUCAUCGGCGUUGAAGAGGCUACAACCAGGCUGGACGAGAUCCUCAAGCAAGACGUCAAAUUCGGCGACUGGGCCCGUAUCCCCAUCUACGGUCUCGCCUCGGCCAGCGUCGCACCUUUUGCAUUUGGCGCUCGGUUGAUCGACCUCCCCAUCAUAUUUGGCCUGGGCUGCUUGCUAGGUUGGAUGCAGCUUAUCCUCGCGCCGAGCAACUAUCUCUACGCCAACGUGUUUGAGAUCACUGCUGCCAUAGUGACCUCUUUCCUCGCUCGCAUGUUCGGCUCCAUCCGUGGCGGCGAGCUGUUUUGUUUCUCUGCCAUGGCGCAGUCGUCUAUCGCUCUCAUCUUGCCUGGUUACAUGGUCCUUAGCGCUGCGUUGGAGCUUCAAUCUCACAACAUCGUCGCCGGAUCGGUUCGCAUGGUGUACGCCAUGAUCUACACGCUCUUCCUCGGUUACGGCAUCACCAUCGGCACGGCCAUAUACGGCAUCAUCGACCGUGAGGGAGCCACUUCGUCCACGCGUUGCAAUGGUGGUAUCCCCACCAACUGGUACGUCCUCUUUGUCGUCAGCUUCACGGUCUGUUUGUGCAUCAUCAACCAGGCCAAGUGGAAGCAGAUGCCUGUCAUGGUGGCCAUUUCCAUACUCGGUUAUGUCGUGAACCUGUACUCGGCCACGGCGUUUCCCGGAGGUCAGGUCAGCAACAUGCUUGGUGCCUUCACCAUUGGCAUUCUCGCCAACAUGUACAGCCGGCUGGGCCGUCACGUGUACAACUACUACCUCGAUUUUCUGGACUGGUGGGACGUCAGGGUGCGCCCUCGUUUCCAAUCCGCCAGCCGUAGACGAAACGGUGUCGCCACUGGCGAAUACGAGCAGGGCUCCACUGAAAGCGUCCCGCCCAGUCCGUCUCUCGGUCCCACAUCGACGACAGAGAAGCCUUCCAAGGAAAGCGAGCAACCGGCAGACCAUGGGCGUCGGCGCAACGUCGGCUAUGGCCUUGCGGCCGCCGCCAUGCUCCCCGGUAUCUUUGUGCAGGUCCCCGGAGGUCUGGCGGCUGGCGGCUCGCUGCUGGCGGGGCUCACAACAGCGAACCAAAUCACGCGAUCCAAUAGUACCAUCACUACCGUCGUGAAUGGUACUCUGGUAAACGUGACGGCGCCCUCGAGCCGAACAAUGGACCCUGCUUCCGCGGCGCUGGGACUCGGGCCGAACAUGAACACCACUGCAUUCAGCGUCUUGUUCAACGUCAUCCAGGUUGCGAUUGGCAUCACUGUAGGGCUGUUCUUGAGCUCGCUGGUCGUCUAUCCUUUUGGUAAACGGAGGAGUGGACUCUUGAGUUUUUAA